AACAUUUGUUUGCGGACCGCCAUGAUAUCGAAGAAGAAAAGGACAGCUUUAAUGAGACACAUUUCUAAACGGAACGUACUGAAUUAAAACAUUUCCUACACGUACUGUUUUGAGUGAUGCACACUUUUUUAAAUUCCGACUGGUGUCAUGCAAAACUAAUCAGUAGCUAUGUCGCUAACAAAUGUACAUUUUCAGAUAUGUGAUUACAUUAUGUAAAGUUGAUUUAUGAGCUGCGUGUUUUUAAAGCUAUUUGUUUUUUUCGCCUCAUUGUUUAGUGUCAGAGAAAGAGUUAUGAACGACUGGAGUCCAGUGGCAAAAGCCUACGACCCUCUCAAGGCGGGCAGCAUCGAUGGCACCGACGUGGAGCCCCAUGACCGGGCCGUCUGGAGGGCCAUGGUCGCCCGCUACAAACCCAACAAAGCCGUGGUGGGGGACCCGCUCCUAACUCUGUUCGUGGCCCGCUUGAACCCUCAAACAACGGAAGAGAAGCUGAAUGAAGUGUUCUCCAAUUACGGGGACAUCCGCCGGCUGCGCCUGGUGAGGGACAUAGUGACUGGGUUCUCUAAGGGCUAUGCCUUCGUUGAAUACAAAGAGGAGAGGUCUGUGGUUAGGGCGAGGCGAGACGCAAACAAACUAGUGGUGGACCAAAGUGAGUUGUUUGUGGACUUCGAGCAGGAGAGGACCCUGAAGGGAUGGAUACCUCGUCGGCUGGGCGGAGGGCAGGGGGGCAAGAAGGAAUCUGGUCAGCUGCGGUUUGGUGGAAAGGACAGACCCUUCCGCAAACCCAUCAACCUUCCUGUCACCAUGAACCAGGAAUGGGGUGGUGGUGGCGGCAGAGAGUGGGAGAGAGGAGGAGGAGGAGAGAGGGAGGAGCGCUACAGAGAUGGGUCCCCGAGCCGUGCGAGAGAGACUGAUUGGGGGAGGAGAGAUGACCGAGACAGAGGGCGAGCGAGAGGUGGAGAAAGGGAGUACCACCGAGAGAGGGAUAGGAGUUAUGAGAGGGAGUCGACGACGAGAGAGAGGGAGUCGACGACGAGAGAGAUCGCAUGGGUGGAGAGUGAGGUGGAGCAAGUACUACAAUAA